GCAGGCGGGCGCCGGGGCAGAGCGUCCGGGAGGCGGCGGGAGCGGGAGCCGGCGGCGCGGGACGCGCAGGACGCGCAGGAGGCCGCGCCGGGGCCCUCGGGGCUCGCCGAGCUGACGGGACGGAGGAUGGGCGCGCGCGCCGGGGCCCCCGCGCCGCUGUCCGCGCUGCUGCCGCUGCUGCUGCUGCUGCUGCUCGAGCUGCUGGGGCCCGGCGCGCAGGCUGCGCGGGGCCGCGGCGCCGACAAGCAGAACACCUUCCGCCGGGCGGCCAACGGCGUCUACCAGAGCGUCAGCAGCCUGUGCGGGGAGGACAACGUGCGAGCCGUGCAGAAGUUUUUCUCCAGGUCAACGGAGAGAUUUGUAAAUGGAGUGGACAUCUUAGUAGAGACACUGUGGAGACUCUGGACUGACCUGCUGGAUGUUCUUGGAAUCGACGCCUCGAACCUGACGCAUUAUUUUAGCCCUGCAGCGGUGGCCAACAACCCCACCCGAGCCCUGCUGUUGGUUGGUGCUGUCCUCCUGGCCUACUGGUUCUUGUCUCUCUUCCUGGGAUUUCUCUUCUAUCUCUUGCACGUCCUUUUCGGCCGCUUCUUCUGGGUUGUGCGGGUCACCCUGUUCGCCCUGUCCUGUGUGUACAUCCUGCAGAAGUAUGAGGGAGAGCCCGAGCAGGCGGUUCUGCCCCUCUGCUUAGUGGUCGCCAUUUAUUUCAUGACGGGCCCCGUGGGCUUCUACUGGAGGAGCGGAGGCACCAGCGGCGGCGGCGGCUCCAACCUCAGCCUGGGCAGCCACAGCCUGGAGGAGAAGAUUGACCAUCUUGACAGCCAGAUCAGACUGCUCAACAUCCGCCUCUCCCGGGUCCUCGAAGGCAUCGAUCGAGACAGUGACAAAUGAGACGAGCCAGGUCAAUCACCUUUCACCAGCUCUUGGAACAUCAAAAAGCACUAUGUUACUAAAAGUUACAAAGCAACAAAACGGCACAUUGUGAGGUUAUUGGACCACAUUACAAUGUUAGGCUGAGAAGAAUUUAAAAAAAACUUAUGUAGAAUACUGAGACACCCUGAGAACCAUUAGUUGUGUAAAAAAAAAUAUUUUUUCAAAUGAUAAAACCCACAUUCGCUGUAUACUAAAAAAAUUUAUCCAUGCAUAGAACAUACAAUUACUUUUUUCAAAUAUUUAAAGACAUAUUUUGUAAGGUUUUUAUAAAGGCAGAUUGAGUCAAGUCUAUUAAAACUUUAAAGGGAAGAGAAGAUUAUGUGAAUUUGGCAUUUUAGAGAAGCUUAAUCUCAAGCAUUUGUUUUCACAGCUCUAAAAAUACACUGUGGGUUGCACAUUUUGGUGUUUCCAUUUUCACAGAUUGUAAGCUUUGGGGGGGAAGGGAGCCCCUAGUUGGGUUAUCAGAUGUCAAUCGGUGGAUGAACCAAAUAGAAGACUUUGAGUCCAGGCCAACACACAUAAUUAUUACAAGUGUCGUGGCCCGAUUCGAGUCUAUUUUUUAAAGUUAAAAAUUAACUUUUCUUUUCUCAAGUCAUCUUUUAAAUGAAGAAUCCUUUUUUUUUUUUUUUUUUUUUUGCAAGCAGGCCUGAGAUUUGCGCUGUAUUUUGUCAUACUUGAAACUGGGACUUUCCCUCCAAAGGGUUUUAGAAAGUAAAAAUAAAUAAAUAAAUAAAAUCCUAGGAUCAGGCAGAGACGUGUUUUGGAGCUUUGAGUCUGAAGUUUGGUAGCAGGAUGGUGGUCACCUUGAUGCUCUGGACAAGCAGCUCUCAGGGGUCUGAUAACCCCCUUUUAAGGGCUGCCUUGUUAGGAAAUUUUGGGUCAAUCCAGGAAACAAGCAGCAGCUAACCCAACUUGCAAGUUGUUUAAGCUUCCUCUCAGGAUCCCUGGGCAGCAAUAAGCGCUCUUCAGGUUUUAUUCUUAACAUUUUUAAUAGUAGAAUCUCUAGGUGCUUUUUGCCUGAAGUCUGUGGCAUUUUCGGUGAUCCUUGGAGAAGUUGCCUUGAAGGGGGGGGAGGGGGGGAGUUGGAAUCACGUGAGCACUUGAGGGGACUUUGUUGGAUAGAAGUGUCACCAGCAUGUUUUAGUUUGCCAGGUUGCACCUCCCAGACUUAUGACUCCCAUCAGCUUGAGUGAAAUUUGCUGAAACAAAAGGCAAAACCUCAGGGAAGUCUGCGCAGAAGCUCCUCCAGAUCUUGGGGGCUGGUGGAUGUUUCCCCAGGUGCCCUAAGAGGCUGGCUGUUUGCCCACUGAUUUCCUCCCUGACCACACCACUAAGUGGGAAUGUGGCUGAGGGGUGUGGGCAGUUGGUAGAAGCAGAAACCUGACCUGUCCAGAGCAGUUGUCAUGAUCUGGAGAACCCAGAAUUUAACCACCUCAUGUGAUCUUUGUUGUGGAUUUUUUUUUUCUUUUCAAGCAUUUGGAAAAACCAUUUUGGAGAAUUUUGUGAAACUGCCGUUUUUAAGUUGCAUGUAACGGAACGUGCAGCUGCUUUGAUUGGCUCUCUCUCCAUUGGGGAGCGUUGAUUCCGAUUCAGUUCAGUCUUUAUGGGUAAUGGUGGAAACUCCUUUUCUCUGGAUUGAAAUGGUGUCAGUAGUGUCAUUCAAAUCCUGCUGGCUCAUGUCUUUAACCCCUGUGGGAGCUGGGCUCAGGGGGUAAGGGGAGUCAUUUUCAUUUUGGAUUAGGUUCUAAGACCCUCCCCAAAUUCCUUUUUGGAAUUAUUGUUAGUUCUCUAGAUACUUAACUGCUUCUCAGUUUCCUCCUUAUCAUAGAAUACGUGGACAUGCUGUGUCACCUACAAAAUGUCUUGAGUUUUUAAGUCUUUUUUUUUUUUUGGUUGGUUUGUGUGCUUUAAAUUUUUUUCCUGAAGUGGAAUUAGUUUAUUUCUCUUCAUUUUUCAAAAGUUGUAAAAUAUAUGAGAACUAUUUUGCUGGACAAAGAACAAGACCAGAGAAGGAAAAGAGGCCAAUUUUUUAGUAAAUUUGAAGGACACAGGGAGAGGUGUGUGUGUGUGUGUGUGUGUGUGUGUGUGUGUGUGUGUGUAUACAUGUUCAUACAUGGGAACACGAUGACAGAAUAUGCAUGGAGCCCACGGCUAAAGACUAUGUUUGUAACAGGCACCAUUCCUCUGAGUAGCAAAGAAGUAUGAGAUUUCAUGCCCAAUUUUUCUAUGUAAGCUUAUCCAUGUAUAAUUUUAUACUGUUUAAUAUACAGGGAAGGAGAUGUCUUUUUAAAUGAAGAAUCUUCAAUGGGCGAUAGAUAACAUUCUUAAAAGGUUGCCGAUGUCUUAAAACUGAUCAGAAUCCCGUAUGCUAAUGACAGGAACUUUCACCUGGAAGAUACUGCCUACCAACCUUUGACCUUUGGCCCAGGCUUGUUUUUAUCUCCUUGGGGGGCUUUUGUAGAGAAGAUCUUCUGUUGGAUGAAAGCUGAUAUUCCACAGCCACUCCUUUCCACCCCUCACCCCCCAACCUUUUCUUUUGAGCUCACCCUUUUGUAUGUGGAAAAAUAUAUUUUUGUACCAUGUGUCUCACACCUUGAACAACGUUUUGUAUAUCUUAAAUGCUGUAGGAUAAUGAUACAGAGCAAUACUUCUCAUGAUAGGUUCUAAUGAAUACUAUGAUGCUAUUAUAAAUAUCAACUGACCACAUCAAAUUAAUCAGUAUUAAUUUCCCCACUAUAUCAAUAUCUCGAUAGCUUUUUACUAAGGGUAGUGAUUUUGACCAAGAUAAAUGCAAACUGUCCAUCUCAAUAGAAUCUUGAAAGUUGCCACACUAAAUGAUUAGAUAUUUUUGACAUUGAUGGGAUGAUACCCCCCAAAAACAAAAUAAAGGGGUAUGAAAGAAAUUGCAUGGAAGGAGGGGGAAUGUUUGGGAGUAGUUUUGGUUUUCAUCAGUACAAAUUUUGGCUUGUCCCAUUGCAUGAAUAUGGCAUCUUCUUCCCCUUAAUGUGUUGAAAUAUAUUUUUCCAUACAAAGUUCUGUUGCUGUCUCCCCUCUCCACCCCCCAUACCGCAUUCCCCAUCUCCCACCUUUGGGCUUUAGGUUCCAACCCCAAUCCCAAUGAUGUGGGUGGGGAGUAGUCUGCUUUGCAGCAGGAUUUCUCAAAUGCCAGCUUUGCCUUGCCUCCAGAAUGAUCAGGGGGUUAGCUUUAAUUGCUUCAUUUCUGCUUGGUCUGACACUCCCCUGCCCGAGUCCCCACCCCUUCUUAAACAAACAGACCUUGAGAAAAGGACAUCUCUCUUGCUGGUUCGUUCUUGUUGGUGGAUCUUGAAACUGGCUGAUCUAACUGUAAAUUCAGCUGUUGUCUUACAGUCUUUGGGUUAAAAGCUUAAGAUGUCAAAACUCCGAUGUGCGACCGGGGUCUGUUUUCAUGUGUCACAGUUCUACAAAAGUACCUGGUUCUAGGGCAGUUUGUAAAUUUUGGAGCUCUGCCUCGCAUCUAUAGAUAAUGGAAUUCUCUCUCUUUUCCGGAUGUGAUACAGUGCUUUUAAUUGCUAUUUGGGUGUCAAUCAGUACACUGUAUAGUAUCUGGUAUAAAUCAGCCUUGUUCCUGAAUAUUGCAUUCUUCUGACCGUUUUUGCUAGUAAAUAAAUGCCUUGUCGAUGCCCCAUCCUGUGGAAUAGAGACUGGUACUAGGUUAGGCUUUUCGACAGCUCUGUCUCUGACUGGGUACCAGUUCUCUAUAUUUGGCAGCUAAUGGAGUUAUUGACCAUAUGUUUAAUGUCCAUUUUUUUAAAAUAUAAAGGUUCUACUGUAACGUCAACUUAAUUAACCGCAUGUGUUAAAUUUCUUGAAUCCAGUGUUUCAUUGAAUUCUUGUGAUGGUGAUGUCAAUGAGAACCCUGCAACAUCCGAUGAAAUGAUCACCCCUCUUUGCCCUGUUCCUAACUGGAAAUUGUGUCUUUGAGUAUGACACCAGUUGUCAGCACUGAUAUUAGUGAUUUCAUAUUUUUCCUUCACCAGAUUGCAGAUUUAGGUAGUAUUUAAGUUUGUAAAAGUUGUGGGGAUUUUUUUUGUUCUUGGGUUUUGGGUUUUUUUCCUCUGUAAAACAAUUUGAUUUGUUGCUAGUGAUGUGUGUAAGACUCAAGGCAUGUGACCCUUGGGGGAUCGGGUCUACAGCUAUCCUUGUUGAGAAUCCGAAAUAUAUCAAACUUAUUUUUACAAAGGUCUAUAGACAUUCCUUUAUUUAUUAAAUGAUCACCAGAUUGAUGUUAAUGUAGUGAAAUAUUUGUAGGCUGAUUUUAGAAUCGAAAUAAGAUAUUGUGAAAAUUAAAGCUUAAUAAAUGUUUACCGUAAUUUUGUUGUAA